AGUGACAAAGUUGUCAAAUUGAAUAAGUCUGUUUUGGAAUCGAAACACAUAUCAAAAGAGAAAAGAUGUUAAUAUUAAUCUGUAUUAUCCUUACAUUGGCUAGCCAAAGUCUGGCUGAUUUAUCCGUGAAUAACUAUGCCGAUAGCGCAUAUCCCGGUCGCUGUGUUUUGGAUGUAGGACAUUCGGUCAUAUUGCUUAAUAUGGCGCAAUCAUAUAAAUUUGAUAAUUUACCCUGUACUCAGGUAUUUUGCAUUGGCGAUGGUUGGGGCAUGCUCAAUACAUGUGAUCGGGAGAAACCACCAGAUGAUUGCCGAUAUACUGAAAUCCUGGAUUGGGAUGCACCUUAUCCGGAAUGUUGCAAACGACGCGUCGUUUGUGAUUAAAAAUGUUUUUUCUCUUUGUCAUUUGGAUUAUUUAUUAACUAUUGUACAAAUUAUUCGUAGAUAAAAUCAAUGGAACUAA